GCAAGUACGGCUGAUUAGACAUGUAUGUAGGUUUUGUUUUCUGCGAGUGUUUUUCUCUCUAUAAGACAACGUGAAGUAUGUUAGGUCAAAGGCCAUAUGGAUUUUGAUCGUACUGCUACUUUUUUGUGUUAGUGCGUGUCAUGCGUACAAGACAAAGUGGAUCCAUGUUGUGUACUGUAUAAUUUGAAAGGUCGAAGGAAAUAUGGAAAUGGAUGUAAACAUUGCUGCAAUGAUGUCUCUGGACUUGGAUGCUGACAUCUCAGCCAGCGUACCAGUGAGUGUGUUGUUGGCCACCUCCAUUGUCCUGCUGUACCUUCUGUACACAAACCUCUUUGGCCAGGAGAGCUGGGAGAAAUAUGGCGUCAAGCACAUCAGCUUGGGCAGGCUGGCCCUACAAGAUUCCAGGGUUCUGGUAUCGACUCUAAUAGCCCAGCACGGCGACACCGUUGGCUUCAACACCGGCACCAUGAUGCUGCUGACCCGAGACCUUGACCUCAUCAGACAGAUCGCAGCCAAGGAUUCCAACAACUUCCUCGACCGUCUCACCCUCUGUGUGACCCGGAGCGCCAUGGAGUCCGGACUUUUCUUCCUGGGGGGAAAAAGCUGGAGGCGGGUCCGUAACGUGAUGACCCCUUCCUUCAGUACAGGAAAAUUAAAGCAAGCUUGCACAAACAUCGAAGAAUCAGCUCAAAAGUUGGCCACCGUUUUGGAGGAGUUUGCCAGGAACCAGACGCUGUUGCCAGUAAAGCACAUCACGUCCCAGUACACGAGUGAGAUCAUCGCCAGGUCGGCGUUUGGUUUGAGGACAGACUGUCUGGGGAAGGGGGACGACGAGUUCACCUACUGCGCCAAGAAUAUUUUUAACAUCAACGGUAAAAUAGCGACAAUGAUCGUGCACGCAGUCUCCCGUUCGAAAACGCUGCAUCAUGUCCUUGCUAAAACUCUGGGCGUGAGUCUCUUUGACAUGGUCAACAAAGAGACUGACCGAUACUUUCACACUCUGGUAUCAAGUCUAGUCUCACAGAGGGUGGAGCUAGAGAGGCAGGUUACAAACAAACCAACAGACCUGCUGCAGAGUUUGGUUGCUGCUAAACUGGCAGGGGACACGGAGGCUGAAGAUGGUGGGUCACAUGAUCAAACGUGGGGAAAACUUCCCAAAACGAUGUCGGAUCGAGAACUGCUGGGUCAGUGUAUUUUAGUUGUGUUCGCUGGGUUCGAAACCACGGCCACGACAUUACAGAUGUGUCUCUACCUGCUGGCCAAACAUCCAGAUAUUCAGGAAAAAGUGCACCAGGAGAUCUGUUCCGUCGUGGCAUCAGACUCCCCAACUUACGAAGAAUUGGGUCAGCUGACCUACUUAGAACAGGUCAUCAAAGAGACUCUCAGACUGUACCCUCCCAUCCCUCUGUAUCGCAGAGUUGCCGCUGAAACCAAAACUUACGGUCACGUGACAAUCCCCAAAAACACUGUCGUCAUCGUCCCUUUGGAAGAGAUCAUGAAAGACCCCAGAAAUUACCCCGACCCUCACAAAUUUGACCCGGACAGAUUUUCACCAGAAAACAGCAAACAACGUGACCCAAUCACUUUUGUCCCGUUUGGUUACGGCCCUCGUCUGUGUAUCGGCAUGAGGCUGGCGUACCUCGAGCUCAAAAUUGGACUCGUCCAUGUAUUGAGAAAAGUCAGGGUUGAACUAAGUGAGCUCACGGAACCUCAAAUUGGAGGUGGAGUGUCAUUAAAGUUUCAAGGUUUUAUCGUGGUAGAGAAACCAAUACAACUGGAGGUUAAAUUACGACAAAAUAACACAAGCAAGACAGAUUAAAAUGUUACAUCCACAGUUUUCUGCCUAAAUGUAUUAGUUUUCUAUUUUCCUAAUUUUAUUUAGUUACUCUGCUUAAAUUUCAAUCAGAAUAAAUUCCUGGAAACAAAA